AUGGCUAAGGCUUUGGGUACUCCAAUUGUGGUUGAUAAGCGUACCUUGGCUCAUGAGUACGGUUAUUAUGCUUCAGUUUUGAUAGAUAUUAACUUUGCUGAACACGAUUCUGAUUCUAUCCAUGUUACUGUUGGUGGUUUGGAUUUUUGGCAGAAAAUUGAUAUUCCAAAGAAGCCUAAAUUUUGCGCCAAGUGUAAGAUUAUUGGACAUUAUGAGGCAGAUUGCCGAAAGAAAACCAAGAACAAUACGACCAACAUUCAUGCAACUAUUCCAGGGAAGCAACUACAUGUUCCUAGAAUAAAGAAUGAGGGUUCUAAGGGCACUACUGUUGGUAAUGAAUGGCAAGAGGCAAGGAGGAGGAAGGGAAAGACAACACCAUCUAUUCCGGUGAUGCCUGAAGUUGUUAGCAGCUUACCUAAUGAAAGGAAGAUUUCAACUGUGCAUGGCCAGCAUGAGAUUGUGCAUGGCCAGAAUGCUAUCGUUGUUCCGGUGAAUGUUGUUUUGGAGGAGGGUGGGUUUGUGUCAGGAAGUGAUCAAGUGGCUGUGGAUAAACAGUUACAAGAUGAACUAGCAAAAUCUGAAGCUGAUGUUCGCUCUGCCAUUGUUGAAUUGGCAAGAACUAAACAAAGAGUAGCGGCGAGAUCAACAUUAGUACCUAGUGCUACAGAGAGUAUGCCUGGUACUAAGUCAAUUGAGAAUUCUGAAGCGGGGGAGAUUAAGAAUUCUUCAGUUGAUAGGAUUGUUUCUAGCUUAUCCAACACUCCUUUAUCUGACGCUUUGUUUGUUCGUGAAUCUGUGGUUUCUCCCAAUCAGUUUGAAGCUCUUUCUGCUGAGUUAGGGUUACUUGAGGAUGCUGUUUUGGAGUCUGGGGUGGAAGCUCUUCUUUCUGGCACGGGAAAGUGGAGUGAUCAAGUUUCGGACACUACACAAACUGCCAUUCCGGACUUGAAUAAAACUGGGAGUACUGGAAUGUCUGGGUCCAGUUCAAACUCUAAGAAAGUUUCCGGCCUUGAUAAAGGUGGUAAGACUUUGGGAGUUAUCAAACCUGGAGCUGUACGUAAAUAUAUGACAAGAAUUUCUCAGCGAGUUCAGAUUCCUAGUCCCAAAAACAUUGUUUCUCAAUGA